CACUCGGUCCUUUGAUAGAGAGGCGUGAAGAAAGACGCAAGCCUCGCACGCAACACAGACGAAAGACUGCUAUGGUAGACGAACAAACAAACAAACGACGGUUUAUUCCACGCACGUACUGAUAUAGACAUACAUGGGCGCACGCACAUAUGUACGCAGCAAGACAUGGCUUGCUGGCGGCAUGGUCUACCGUCACCCAGGCCAACCAUCAACGUUGUCCUGCUCCAGACAAACACGCGUUGCAUUCAGAUAUGCAUACAUACUUGGUCAUUGCCGCUGUCGUGGUUUCACCCAUCUUCAAAGUGCAGAUAGACAUGGGCAUGUGUGUGUACGUCUGAUGUUCCCUUCGCUGCUGUUGUGCUGGUACUACUCCGCUAUCCCCCACCUAACUACAGCUUAACCACCCCACCAUCCAUCACCACAUGGACAGGAGACAGGCGGAUGGACAGACUGGCAGACAUACAGCACUGCAAAUACACACUCCGUCAUACCGUGAUCCCACUACAGUACCCAGCUGCACACGCACACACACGCAAGUACACUUGCAAACGUCCUCUGUCCUCUACCUUCUUACAUCUCCCACAUCUGGACCCGCGUUUCUCAGCCCCUUAUGCUGGGUUGAUGAUUGUCUGCCUACUGCCGGGUACAUAGAUUCUCUCACUCUCACUCUCUCUUCACCUUCUCCCCUGCACAAAGACACGCACUACCAACGGCGGAGGCUCUUUUAG